AUGAGCGACAAAAAUUUCAAACUUCGUCAAAUGUUCAAUGACUACUUGGAUUGUUUGGAAACUGUGGGUUACUGUAGGGGUACUGUAGCUACCGUACCUUUUAGAAAUCAACAGUACCUUAUGAAUUAUUGAGAUGAGUUAUGAGCUUUUUUUCGCUUGGGAAAAGCAAAAUGAUGAUUAUUGUAGCUUGGGUACUGUAGCUUGGGGUACUGUAGCCUAGCAUUAAUUGUUAUUUGCGUAUUAUUGUAGGUACAGUACCCAACUACAGUAUCUCAUUGAUUAGUUUGAGAGUACUGUAGCAUCGAAAAACUAACAAAACUGAAAGAAAAAAUGGAUCAUGAAAUGGAUCACAACAUCCUUUACAUCGAAUAGAAAAGUAGUACGGUAGUACCCGGGUUACUGUACCUACAGUACCUUCAAAUUGUUGCAGAAUACACCAUUCAAUCGUUCAGCAAAUCCUUCUCAAAAUUUGCUGAAAAUCACCGGUUUGACUGAAAUACAGCGAAAAUCUAUAAGCAUUCGAAAAAUCACGCAGGAAGAAAUGGAGAUUUUCAAUAGUGCUGAUGUUACGGUAGGUUUUGGCGCCAAAAUUUUCGCGAAUUUUCAAAAUUUUUUGGCGGGAAAAUCGCGCGUCUACAGUAUGACCAAUUACUGUAGCUCAAAAUUCUGUUUGAAAAAAAAAUAAUGGGGUUUUAGAGGUUACGGUGAAUUUCUGUAGAUCAAAAUUUCGCGCCAAUUUCGAUCUACAGUAAUCUAGGUACUGUAGAUCUAGAUUUUUUUGGGUUACAUUUUUGUAGAUGAAAAUUUAUGCAUUUUUAUAGGAGUACUGUAGAUUACUGUAAUUGAUUGGGUUACUGUAGAAAAACUCAUCUACAGUAACCCAAUAUAUCAAGUUGGGUAUCAAAAAAUAGCAAAUUCAAAACUCGCGCCAAAAAAACAACUACAGUAAUCCUUGUUUCCAGAUGAGACCAGUGCUGCUGAAAGAGGAAAAAGACAUUAGUCUACAGUACCUGGGAAAAUGUGCGGAGCUCAAACCGGAAGACGUGAACCCGACGGCGAAAAAAGUGGCGCGAUGUCUCCAAAAAUUCCAAAUUCUCGAACACAAAUCAAUGAUGGCCGAAAGUGUGCGACAAAUUCGCGCGUUUUUUGUCGCCGGCGGCGGCGGCGGCGAGCGAAGUCGCGAACUCGUCGCCGCUUUCGAUCGAUGCAUUUUGACGGCCAUUCAGUUGGUGCUCACUGCGCCGGAGACGCAGACAAGUUUGGACGCGCAGAUGCGCGAAUUUUUGCGGGAUACUUUUAAGGUGAGUCGAUUUUUGGCGCCAAAUUUGAAAUUUGCAAAAUUUUGAGUCCAAACAUGAUAAAGUUUUGGCGCCAAAAUCUACAGUAACCCAUUGGGACCAAGAUUUUGGCGCCAAAUUUGAAAUUUGCAAAAUUUUGAGUCCAAACAUGAUAAAGUUUUGGCGCCAAAAUCUACAGUAACCCAUGGGGACCAAGAUUUUGGCACCAAAUUUGAAAAUUGCAAAAUUUUGACACCAAACACGAUAAAGUUUUGGCGCCAAAAUCUACAGUAACCCAUGGGGACCAAGAUUUUGGCGCCAAAUUUGAAAUUUGCAAAAUUUUGAGUCCAAACAUGAUAAAGUUUUGGCGCCAAAAUCUACAGUAACCCAUCGGGACCAAGAUUUUGGCGCCAAAUUUGAAAUUUGCAAAAUUUCGAGUCCAAACACGAUAUAUUUUUGGCGCCAAAAUCUACAGUAACCCAUCGGGACCAAGAUUUUGGCGCCAAAUUUGAAAUUUCCAAAAUUUUGAGUCCAAACAUGAUAAAGUUUUGGCGCCAAAAUCUACAGUAAUCCAUCGGGACCAAGAUUUUGGCGCCAAAUUUGAAAUUUGCAAAAUUUUGACACCAAACACGAUAAAGUUUUGGCGCCAAAAUCUACAGUAACCCAUUGGGACCAAGAUUUUGGCGCCAAAUUUGAAGUUUGCAAAAUUUUGACACCAAACACGAUAAAGUUUUGGCGCCAAAAUCUACAGUAACCCAUCGGGACCAAGAUUUUGGCGCCAAAUUUGAAAUUUGCAAAAUUUUGAGUCCAAACAUGAUAAAGUUUUGGCGCCAAAAUCUACAGUAACCCAUCGGGACCAAGAUUUUGACGCCAAUUUUGAAAUUUGCAAAAUUUUGAGUCCAAACAUGAUAAAGUUUUGGCGCCAAAAUCUACAGUAACCCAUCGGGACCAAGAUUUUGGCGCCAAAUUUGAAAUUUGCAAAAUUUUGAGUCCAAACAUGAUAAAGUUUUGGCGCCAAAAUCUACAGUAACCCAUCGGGACCAAGAUUUUGGCGCCAAAUUUGAAAUUUGCAAAAUUUUGAGUCCAAACAUGAUAAAGUUUUGGCGCCAAAAUCUACAGUAACCCAUCGGGACCAAGAUUUUGGCGCCAAAUUUGAAAUUUGCAAAAUUUUGAGUCCAAACAUGAUAAAGUUUUGGCGCCAAAAUCUACAGUAACCCAUCAGGACCAAGAUUUUGGCGCCAAAUUUGAAAUUUGCAAAAUUUUGAGUCCAAACAUGAUAAAGUUUUGGCGCCAAAAUCUACAGUAACCCAUCGGGACCAAGAUUUUGGCGCCAAAUUUGAAAUUUGCAAAAUUUUGAGUCCAAACAUGAUAAAGUUUUGGCGCCAAAAUCUACAGUAACCCAUCGGGACCAAGAUUUUGGCGCCAAAUUUGAAAUUUGCAAAAUUUUGAGUCCGAACAUGAUAAAGUUUUGGCGCCAAAAUCUACAGUAACCCAUCGGGACCAAGAUUUUGGCGCCAAAUUUGAAAUUUGCAAAAUUUUGAGUCAAAACAUGAUAUAUUUUUGAUCUACAGGAUUACUGUAGAUUUUUUUUAUCUACAGUAACCCAGCCGAUUUUUGAACCAGCAAAACUACAGUAAGCUACAGUAACCCUCUAUAAAAAUCCUUUUUUUGUUGGAAUCUUGAAAAUUUUGGCACCAAAAUCUCUAGAUUACUGUAGACCCUUAAAAUUGAAUUUUUGGUGCCAAAAACCCUGGGUUACUGUAGCUUCGUUGUUUUUUGGCGCCAAAAUUCAAAAAUCAAAUUUUUUCUCCAGGCCCGUCGAGUUUUGCUGGACACAAUUUUGAAACAACCCGAUUUUUUGCCGGCUUCCUGGGGCGGAAAUGAAGCGCGCAAUCGACUUCGCGUAUCUCGACUCAAAAAUCAUCAAAGGGAGAUGGAGGUACAGUAACCCAGGGGGAAGUACUGUAGCCUACAGUAACCUAUUUUCAGAUGAGAUCCAAAAUGUUUGAAGAUUUGGAAAAAUCGUCGCAAAAAUCGCUGAAAUCUCGAAAAUCGCAAAUUUAUCAAACAAUUGUGGUGCGAAGAAAUUCGAAGACGAAUAUUACGGUAAUUUUUGCGAGCUGAAAAUUUUCAGCCACAAAAAAAUCUGUAAUUUUCCAGGAUUGUAGCACUAGGAAAUUAGUUGGCUCAGCUGAAAAAUCCGGAGAAAAAACAAUCACAAAAACCAAGAAAAAACCCGGACAAAUGCCUUCGAAGAAAAAUGUCAAGCCGAAAAUUCCCAAGUGA